AUGCACACUGUCUUUCGAAUUGGUGAGGUUCGAAAAAUUGAUAAGAAAAGUCCACUUUAUGAAGUGGAUCUUAAACUUACGUCGGAUGACGACCAACAACUUCGUCAAUUAACCAAUCGUAUACGAGAAGAAUCUUCAGGUGGCACUGGAUGGUAUCGACUGGGUCCAUUGCUGCUCAAAAUUGGUCAAUUCAACAAGGCCGAAGAAUUGUAUAUGGCACUACUGGAACAGGCUUCCAACGACAGUGAUAAAGCAUAUAUCUAUCAUAUGCUUGGAAUGAUGAAAAAUGACAAAGGGCAAUAUACAGAAGCAGCUUCAUUUUAUGAAAUGUCUCUCAAAAUUAAACGAAAAACUCUUCCAGAAGAUCAUCCUUCAUUGGGUCCUACCUACAACAACAUCGGUCAAGUGUAUAACAACAUGGGUGACUACUCGAAAGCACUUGAAUUCUACGAAAAAUCACAUAAAAUCUACGAAAAAGCUCUGCCUCCGAAUCAUCCCAAUUUGGCUACUUCCUAUACUUGCAUCGGUCAAGUGUAUAACAACAUGGGUGACUACUCGAAAGCACUUGACUUUUACGAAAAAUCACUUAAAAUCUACGAAAAAGCUCUGCCUCCGAAUCAUCCUUCAUUGGCUACUUCAUACAACAACAUCGGUCAAGUGUAUAACAACAUGGGUGACUACUCGAAAGCACUUGAAUUUUACGAAAAAUCACAUAAAAUUUACGAAAAAGCUCUGCCUUCGAAUCAUCCCGAUUUGGCUACUUCCUACAACAACAUCGGUCAAGUGUAUAACUACAUGGGUGAUUACUCGAGAGCACUUGAAUUUUACGAAAAGAAUCUCGAAAUCAGGAAAAAAGCUCUGCCUCCGAAUCAUCCCCAUUUGGCUACUUCCUACAACAACAUCGGUCAAGUGUAUCACCACAUGGGUGACUACUCGAAAGCACUUGAAUAUUCUAAAAAAAACUUGGAAAUUACAAAACAAGUUCUGCCUGAGAAUCAUCCAGAUUUGGCUUUUCCAUACAACUGGUUCGGAAAGAUUUAUCGCAGUAUGAAAGAUUAUCCAAAAGCACUUGAGAAUUUCGAAAAAUGUCUCACAAUAUGGAAAAAAGGCUUACCUGAAAAUCAUCCAUAUCUAGCUCUAACAUACAGUAAUAUUGGUGAUGUUCAUCGAUUAAUGGGUAGUUAUGAAAAGGCACUUGCAUUUCAUCAAAAAGCAUUAAAUAUUCAAGAAAAUGUUCAAUGUAGUCCUCUUCAGGUUGCAACGACAUAUAUAAAUUUAGGUGAAACUUAUCGUGAAAUGAAAGAUUAUUCAAAAGCAUUGACAUAUUUCGAAAAAGGAUUAGAAAUACGUGAAAAGAAAUUAUCAAAAAAUCAUCCUGAUUUAGCUGUUGUAUAUCAUAAUAUGGCAAAAUUAUAUUUGGCUACACGAAAAUAUAGUAUGGCAAUGAACAAUAUUCAACAAGCAGUUGAAAUAGCUCAAGAAAAAUUACCUUCAACUCAUCCUCAUCUUUUGGAAUAUAAAGAAACAUUUGAAAAAAUUCGAAAGAAAAUGUAA